UCUGGGUCUUGCAAGUUUUCUGCCUUUAACGGAGUGCAGUCUUACCACUUUCCCAUUGCAUUUUCCUUCUCUGACAGGUUUCCGCCUUACAGAGCUUCUGGCUUUCAUAGAUUUUACUGCAUUUCUUUUUACACACAUGUAAAUAUUUCUCUAGAGUAGACACCUGGAUGUGGGAUCUCUGGAUUGAAGGGUAUAUGCAUUAAUGACUGAGUUCAGGAGCAGGGCAGACUCUUCCCUGGGAAUGUACCCACACUCCCCCAGUCUCCUGCCCUGUGACCAGUCUGGUCGUCACUAACAGUUCCAGCUCUCCAGUCCUCACAGACCCCCCCCAGGCAGUCCUGCGUUUACUUCAUUUUGUACAGCAUGGUGUUAAAGGCUUUCUCUUGCAGGAUGAGUUGGUCGAGGUAGGGUGAAAGGAGGGUGUAUUUGUUAGGCUACAAGGCUAGGCAGCUGUAACGAUGUGGCCCUCUAAUGUGAGUUAAGUCAGAUAUAAGCUUAUCUCUUUCUCACGGAACCAUUUGGACAUGAGGAGGCCAUUCAGGGUGAUGCAACAGCUUGGCUCCAUGAGAUCACUCAGUGUCCUGGUUCCUUUUGAAUGUCACUCCUAUCCCUCAGGUGUAGUCCUUGUCUGCACAGUCACAGCUGGGCCAGCACUUGGGACGGAGGGAGGAGGAAGGAGUAGAAGUGGAGAGCAUGCACUGACCUUAUGAACAUGGGGUGCAGAAGUGGUACCGUCGUUUCCAUCCACGUUCCACGGGUGAGAACUUCAUCACAUGGCUACACCUGAGAGCAAGAGAGUCUGGCAGUCUCUAGGUGGACACACGUGCCCCAGCUGCAACUCUCACUGUGGAGGAAGGGGAGAAUGAACAUAUUGGGGGGAGGACAAUGUAUUUUCUGUAGAGGAGAAAGCCAUUCCAGACUCUUCCACUAGACUGAUGGAGGCUCAGGCUAGCCUUGCUCCCCACUGUAUCCAUGGUGCCCAGCAUAGGGUAGGUGCUCAGCAAGUGUUUGACGUACAGAAGAGUCAAGAACAGCAUGGAUGAAAGCAUGGAGGUGGGAUUACCCUUGGUGGCUGAAAGCCUGGCUGCAGGUAGGGAAGGGGUAAUGAGAAAGGGAGCUGGCUGGAUCCAGGAUGUCUCUGCCCCUCCCUCUUGCACUGGACCCGCAGGAGUCAUGCUUUUCCAUUCUCUCUAACCUAGAGACAUCUGGGGACUGGGCAGCAGCUGCGGGAGUGUGAGACCUGCACCUCCUUUCCUGCCUGAGAAGCACCAUGGCCGCCAGCGUCCUGCAGACCUCUCUGACUGCUCUCUUCUUGCUGCCUGUGGUCACCACCAUGCACUCUGACUGCAUCUUCAAGAAGGAGCAAGCCGUGUGCCUGGAGAAGAUCCAGAGGGCAAAUGACCUGAUGGGCUUGAACGACUCCUCCCCUGGCUGCCCUGGCAUGUGGGACAACAUCACUUGUUGGAAGCCUGCCCGUGUGGGUGAGAUGGUCCUCGUCACCUGCCCUGAACUCUUCCGAAUCUUCAACCCAGACCAAGCUUGGGAGACCGGAACCAUCGGAGAGUUUGACUUCGCUGACAGUAACUCCUUGGAUCUCUCGGACAUGGGGGUGGUGAGCCGGAACUGCACGGAGGACGGCUGGUCUGAGCCCUUCCCUCACUACUUUGAUGCUUGUGGGUUUGAUGAGUAUGAAUCCGAGACUGGGGACCAGGACUACUACUACCUGUCGGUGAAGGCUCUGUACACAGUUGGCUAUAGCACGUCCCUUGUCACCCUCACCACUGCCAUGGUCAUCCUGUGUCGCUUCCGGAAGCUACACUGCACUCGCAACUUCAUCCACAUGAAUCUGUUUGUGUCAUUCAUGCUGAGGGCAAUCUCCGUCUUCAUCAAAGACUGGAUCCUGUAUGCGGAACAGGACAACAAUCACUGCUUCAUUUCCACUGUGGAAUGCAAGGCCGUCAUGAUUUUCUUCCACUACUGCGUGGUGUCCAACUACUUCUGGCUGUUCAUUGAGGGCCUGUACCUCUUCACCCUGCUGGUGGAGACCUUCUUCCCUGAGAGAAGAUACUUCUACUGGUACACCAUUAUUGGCUGGGGGACCCCAACUGUGUGUGUGACAGUGUGGGCUGUGCUGAGGCUCCACUUCGAUGACACGGGCUGCUGGGAUAUGAAUGACAACACGGCUCUGUGGUGGGUGAUCAAAGGCCCUGUGGUUGGCUCGAUAAUGGUUAACUUUGUGCUUUUCAUUGGCAUCAUCGUCAUUCUUGUGCAGAAACUUCAGUCUCCAGACAUGGGAGGCAACGAGUCUAGCAUCUACUUCAGCUGCGUACAGAAAUGCUACUGCAAGCCACAGCGGGCUCAGCAGCACUCUUGCAAGAUGUCAGAACUGUCCACCAUUACUCUACGGCUGGCACGCUCCACCCUGCUGCUCAUUCCGCUGUUUGGAAUCCACUACACGGUCUUUGCCUUCUCCCCAGAGAAUGUCAGCAAGAGGGAGAGACUUGUGUUUGAGCUGGGCCUGGGCUCCUUCCAGGGCUUCGUGGUGGCUGUUCUCUACUGUUUUCUGAAUGGGGAGGUGCAGGCAGAGAUCAAGCGUAAGUGGCGGAGCUGGAAGGUGAACCGCUAUUUCACCACGGACUUCAAACACCGACACCCAUCCCUGGCCAGCAGCGGGGUGAACGGAGGCACCCAGCUCUCCAUCCUGAGCAAGAGCAGCUCCCAGAUCCGCAUGUCAGGCCUUCCGGCCGACAACCUGGCCACCUGAGCCCCGCCCUCCCCUCCUCCUCUCCUCCAUAGCACAGGCUGGGGCUGUGGGCAGGCAGGCGGGUGGCCCACAGCAUGUUUGCCUCUUCUCUCUCCUCGGGUAGGCCCUGGGCUUGAAGCUUGGCUCCCUGUGGGGGGAGGAGGAUGCAGGGUGCAGACUGGUAUUUCACCUCCCCAUUUUUGACACUGGCCCCCACCACCAUGGUCCCCCAGGCCCUGAUCCCAGACAUGUAAAUAUUACUCAGAUUUGGAAAAGUUGCCACAUCCCAUGCCCCUUUGCCCAGUGACCUUGCUCACUUCUGGCCCGCUCCCCAGCUCCACCCCACUGUGUCUCCACCAGCUUCAGUGAUGGUCUGAUCCCGUGUGUGAGGCUUUGUGAGCUGAAGCUAAAGAGAUCUUGCUUUUGGGGGGGCCUGCAGGGCCUGCCUUUGCAGCCCCCAUCACUGUCUGACGCUGGGCGUGGCCUCCGUGUGAGUCGGCUUGCAUCACGGACUGCCCUUCCCAUGACUGGGCCCGGCCCUUGAGCCUGCCAGAGGUGCAGCGUGGUGGCCAGUCCAGAGGCUUCCUGGUGCCCACCCAAUGUCUUGGUGUCCAGGUGCCCAGCUCCUGGAUAUCAGGGCUGUGGAACAGCUCCAGAGCUCUUCCAUUCAGAGGCUUCAGCUUGAGCAGGGGCUCAGGGAAAGCUCUGGUGCUUUUCAUGUGGCCCAAGAAGAAGAUCUGAGAGCCAGAAAUAUGAAUCUGAUGGGAAGGAGAUGGAAGGAGUUUGGGGGAUCAAUGGAAGAAGGCCUUCAUGUCUCUGUCAUUUCACUGCUUCCCUUCCUGCCAAGAUGGCCAGGGAUUCAGCUGGUAGCCACCCUUCUGCUGCUCCCACUCCCAGCAUCGGCUACAGAAGGUGAAAGAUGGUUGCCUCAGAGACGCUGUUCCCCAGUGUGGCUGCCACAGAGGGCCCCUAAGCCUUCCCCCUCCCCAUUUCUCUCAAGUGAAAGCCAUGACUAGGCUGAACCAAUGAACCAGCCGCCUUCCUGUGAUGUUAGCGAAUCCUGAAUUACCUUCCAUGAGCCCAAAUCCAGGGCACCCCCUGCCCCCACCCACCAUGGACAAUGAGAAGCCCCAGCCACCAGCUCCUCCAUCCUGAACUCCACCACUGAACUUCUGAGACCUCUGAAAAGACUGCCCUCUUGUGUACCCUUGACAUUGGAUCACCAGGGGGCUCUAGAAUGUCUGGAGAGGAAGCCAUGCCCACCAUGUUCACUAAGCAGAUGCUGCUAAUGAGUGAGGAAUGGCUGGCUCCCCAGCUGCAAGUUGCAUAGUCACAACCUAAGAAUUUAAAACAAGGCAGGACUAGGUUUGGGGAAGGUAGAGAUGAGGGCUGGAUUUCUAUGGCCCUAUGUGGGCCCAGCUAAUUCCACAUCUGCUCUUGGUGUUGUUACUGUCCAAAUAUGUGUGCGGACUUGUCAUGAUCGUGUUCUGGAGUGUCUGGAAUUUGGGUAGAGGGAGAUGUUGCUUUGCUGUGUUAUAAAGAAGAAGGGGCUAAGGGACAGGUGGAAAUGUUUCUGGAGAGGCCUUCGAUGACUAGUGAAGGGCUUGACUGCUGUGGUUUAAAGAUGAGCCCUUGUCCUUGGCCAGAAAAGUACAGUUGGUUACUGAGUCUUUGACAAAACAGAGGGAGGAAAGGAGCAGUCACCUUUCCUGGGCACAUUUGGUGACUCAGGCUGACCAUGGGGUGCACAGUGGCCAUCUUGCACCUGACUUCAUUACCCCCACCCCACUCUGGGGGCCAUGUGUAUUACCCAAGCAAGCGUCCACUGGCCACCUCACACUUUGGACACCCUUAGGGGCCUGGGCAGCUUGGAGGAAGCCAUGGCCUGGGGUCCAGAGAUCUGGGAUCUGCCCCAGUCAGGCUCAGAUUGCUGUGACUGUGGACACAACACUCCAGCUUGGAGUGUUUCCCCAUUUGUGAGAUGAGGCACUGGCUUCUAAUGCUUCUCCAGGGUCUGUACGUCAGUAAUUGUUCAGUUCAAAGCCAAGGCAGGUGAAAGGGCAUGCAUCAUUGUGUGUAUAAUCCAAAAUCUUGAUAUGUAUAUGUGUGUGUGUUGGGUGGUGCUAUUUAUUUUCCCUUUCUUAGAAAUGGAAACUUUCUCUUCCAUUUGGACACCACAAGGGAAGCUGGUGGAACAGUUUGUGUUCCAGAGGGAAGGACCAGGCCGUGGAUGUUUGAACAGGUGCCUUGAUCAUGACGUUCAGACCCAGCCGUACACUGGGCCGUGGUGGAGCUCCACGACAGUUGGGCAGUAGGAGGUUGAAGGAGCAGUCAAAUGGUUCCUUCGUCACUGCCGCCAUAAGCAGGUUUGCUUCACAUGGAAGAAGAACCCUUGACUUUAUAGAUGCAUCAUCACAAAAUAGCAAAAACACAAGCUUGACCCCCACAGCCUGUGUUGCUGCCUGAUCCCUGAGCCUGCAUCCUCACAGAGGUUCCGGUUCCUGUUGGUGUGUUUUUCUGUGUGUGUGAAUUACUGCCAGCCGUGUGAGCAGAUGUGCCUGGUGUGUUCUGAAUGUUCCAGGGGUUUAGGCAGGUGGCCUUCAGGGUCACAGGCAGUGUGGGGACAGCAUGAGGUUUAGGUAAGACCCUGCCCUUUCUGACCCUCUGUCUCCAAAUUUGUAAAAUGGGCAAAAAGACUAGAUGGUUUGUACAGCCCAUUGCAUCUUUGAAGCUGUCUGUCUAAAUACCAGCCAUUGACACAGAAUAGGUCCCAGGUAGGACUGAUGUGUUUGCCUGGAACAAAACUCAUGUCUUGUGACAAAGAGUUGAGGGACUUGGAAAUGUUUAGGCUGGAGAGGAGCAGACCUAGAGCUGCCUGACUCCGUGUCUCUAGAGGAUCAUUACUGCAAAGGGGGUUAGUUUUGUUCUAUGUAAUCCUAAAGAACAAAGUGCAGACCCAUGAGAGGCUGAAUGCUGCUUGGGACAAAGACAUUUCUCAACCAUGUCACAACUAUCCAGCCAUGGAAGUAUCUAGAGAAUGACUCUAGGCCAGUGGAGAUGGGAUUCCAAGUCAGGGAUACUGAGGCCAUCAGGGAGCCCAGGAUAGGGUCAGAAUGUGGGACUGAGGUGCUUCUGUGGCUUUCUGGUGGUCCCCAACACUGGGGGCUUCAUGAGUCCCCACCAUGCUUAAGGCCAGCCACAUUCUCUGUCUCGAUGGGCAUCUCUGUGGCCCCUUUGAAACUAGGCCAAGGAUCUAGAGUGAUUCCUUCUCUAAAAAUCUCUGAACUGGGUUCUCUGGGGAAUAGAGCCUGGCUCAAGGCUUGAAAUAUCUUGAAAUAUACCCUGCAUCCAUCAUCACCCACCAAAGCCACUGGCUCACCUCCUUGCUCAGACUUUCUAAGUCCCAGCAAGGGAACUGGAAGAGACUUUGUUUGGAAUUCUGUGAUUAUCCAUUCCCCCUUCACGGCCACUCCAAAGUGAAAGCAGUGAGUAAUUUGUCACCAUAAAUUCCUACUUUAGCACAGGCACUGUGAGAGCUGGUUGGAAGAGCUCUGAGCAGGGACUGGGGGACCUGGGCUUUUCCCAGCUUUGCCACCGACCUGCUGUUUGACUCAGUCCCCAUAUAGAUUUGGGGAGACUCACAGAAUAUUAGAGCUGGGAGAAAACUUGUAGGCCUUCAGAUCAAACUUCCCCAUUGGGUGGAUGAGAAAACACUUAACAGGAGAGCCUAGCAUGGAGCUUGGUGUUCAGUAUGUUUUAUAAUGGCCCACAGAUACUUGCACAGCCUUGCACAUGAGCCAGAAUAACACACUCAAUACAGCAUCCAAUAAACAUUGAGCCUUGCACAAGAGAAGGGCUCCAGCUACCAAGUGUUUGUUCAGGAUUCUGGGUGCAGGAAAGGCAAUGGAGCCAGCGUGGUUUGGGGAGGCCUGCUUUCUAACUCAGGCUUCACCACCUGUUGGAAUCCAAGGCUUAACCUCUCUGGGCCUCGGCUUCCUAAUCUGAGAAACAAGGACAAGAUUCAUAUGGUCUGCCUCACAGGCCAGGGAUGAGGUUCAGUCAACAUCCCCAUGUGUAUAAAAGUGCUUUGGAAACCAUACACAGGUGUGGGCUGGUUACUGGGGUGAAGGUGCCCCACCAAAGAGUCCCUUAGCUGUUUAUCUACUGCUUUGAGCCCUCCCAGAUUAAACUUUGCCGCAUUUGUAAAACCACCAGCAUCAGGGACAAGGGGAGGCCAGGAGGCUCUGGCAGACACAGAAUUCUAGUAUUAUCUUUUUCAGCUGUGUGAGCUUGCUCUUGGGAUUAGGAUGGGGAGACUUCCAUGUGGGCGAUUCAGCAUUUCUAUGUGAUCCCGUGAGAAUCUUUCAAGGAUUUGGAACAUCUCUCAAGUGGGCUGGGAUCCAUUCCUUCUUUCCUUGAACUUGACGUCUGGCAUGCGUGUCUUGUCUGAUGUCUGUCUUCUGUGGCUUUGCUCCUGUGAGGGCUUGAGUGGUGCAGCCCCUGGCAUCCCAGACAUGGCUCCAAGCUCACUUGUGGGAGCUGGACCAGCCUGGGUUUCAUCUCCCACGAUCAAGAUAAGCCCCACAGACCUCACUGCUGUUGCUGCUGCCAUUAAUGCUGUGCUCACAACCUGAUCCAGAAUCUUAAGGAUGUCAAACUGCUGUAGAUGAUUCAAUAAAUGUCUUAUCAUUUUUCCUGUUGGCUUGAUAGAAGUGGAUGGGCAGGGAGGAGAGGUGGCAGAAGGGAUGGGGCUCCUCCCAAAUCUAAUCACUCCAGAGUGAUUUCAUCUCCAAGCUUCUGUGGCCUUUUAGAUUGAUAAGACAAGGAGGAUGGGCUUGGAAAAGUAAAAGAGCCUUGACCUCAAAAGUACCUGCAAGGAUCAUGCAACUUGAAUUGAAUCAAGGUCAUUUGGAGGCCUUGGAUUCCUAGAAAUGGAAGAAGCCAACUCCACAGACUUUGAUGCCUCUUGGCCUUCAUAUUGUUCAGUGGGAAUGACCACUGGAUCUCCCUAAGCCUGCCUGCAAUGGGCAUUUUAUUCCAGCUAACUCUAGGUGUGUCAUGGGCUGCCAGAAUCCCAUCCCCUAAUGCUGCUGGAUAUUCAGAGCCACUAGGACCUUCUGGAACAGGUAACCAGUUCUAGGUAACCCUCACUUCCUUGAGGUUCUUUCAAUUGCCACAUACUCCGAUACCCAUGUUUAUAUUAGUCAAAAUUUUUAGUGGUUAGCAGCAGAAGUUAAUUGUGGCUGAAAAGGAGUUAGUUAUGAAAGGGAUGCUGGACAGCUUGAAAAUUGUCUCAAGGCUGAAGAAACCAGAAGAGGUGUCCCAAACCAUAUCAUGCCAAAAAGCCAAGGAAGAAACUGCUGACACAGCUGCUGCUACCAGCCAGAUGGUGUCUCCUGUGCCAGGGAGCCAACCUCAUAAUCGCCACUAUCUCUGAAAGCAGGAAGCUCUGCUGCCAUUCUCACCAGCACGUUAGAUUCCACAUAUAACUUCUUUCCUCAACGUUGUUCACUCCUGAAUCAAGUCUCACAUGACUCCAUU